AUGAGUCCACAGUGGAUACCCCAAAAUAUACAGAAAAGACUUCUAUUAUAUGUCCUACAACAAAUAUCAUUAUUAUCAGAGAUUGAUCUCCCCAAUCUAGAAGAAGUCUCCCUAAGUUCAAUAAUCCUUAAAGAUAUUUCCAUCGAUCCAGAAAAAGUAGGGAAAUUACCUGGAUGUAAUCUACGAUAUGGACAGAUUGGAGUAUUGGAAUUAAGCGCAUUAGCCAAUUAUGGAGGGAUUCAGGUUGAGGCUAAAGAUUUAGAAGUGGUUGUUUCACCUGAUUUUGAGAUUGAUCCUAGUGAGAUUGCAAAUCAGGUGCUGUUUCUGUUGGCACAAAGCACGGCGGAUUUGGCACAUACUGUCAUGUUUGAAAAUGAAGAAGAUGAGGGAGAAGAGGAUGAGGAAGGUGAUGAAAUUGAACAUUCUGAAGGUGGAGAAGAAACAAAGGAUGAACUGAAGAGAGAUACACCUACUCCUUCUCAAUCUGAUUCAGCAACAUCUACAAAGACAUCCACAUUAGGAGGAGUUAUGCAACGGGCUGUAGAAAUUGCAUUGCUGAGGAUACAAGUGAGAAUAAUAGAUCUUAAAAUCAAAAUAGUGUCAGAGUUGACAGAUAUGGUACUAGAAGUUGAUCGAAUAUCAAUAGAUACAAUAAAUGGGUCAAGAAAUGUCAACGUGGCUGGGGUACGAUUGAAAACUUUAAAACCAAUUGUGAACCCUGGGCAAUUUGAUAAUGUAUCGACAUCCACCAAUGAAAAUCAAGAGGAUCAAGAUCUUGAAGAGAGAGAAGAUACAUCGGAUAAUGAAAAUGACGAUUAUGGUGAUGAUUUAGUUAAUAGCAUGGUUUUCACUCAUGAAGAAGCUAGUUCUAUAUAUAUGAGUGCCACAUCCAAAUCUUUUGAAAAGUCUGCAGCUACCGCUGCACCAGAUGCACAUAACGAAGAAGGGAUUGAUAACAAAAUUGAAGAUGAUAAUGAAAAGGAUCCUCCAAUAAUAUUUCAUAUGGAUCAAUGUAGUAUUGAAUUUGAAGGAUUGCAAGAAAUAGCAAAUCUAGAAGUCAUAGUUGGGAAUAUUAAUGUUGCAUGUACUCCUUUAACACCAACUUUGGUUUCAAUUUUCCAGGGAAUAACGCGUAGUUUAAGGUUUAAGAGUUAUCAGAAACGAAGAAUGAAUCAAACGACGACGAUGAAUGAAAAGAAAUUGCCUUCGGAGAAGUUCCCACAAUAUGCAAAUGAAAAUGACUCAAUCCUAGAAGAACAAGAGAAGACAACCAACGAUGAUGUUCAAUUGUUUAAGAAGUUACGGAUUGGAAAUUUCGUAAUUAGUGCUACUUCAGCCUUAAAUCCAAAUGGAGAGUUUUCUUGUUCGAAUGGAAUCAAUAUUGUAUUGCAUAACAUAAGCGUAAGGCAAAAGAGUGAACUUUUGUUAUUUGGAGGAAUUGAGACAUUCAAAAUUGUUAGAGUCAACAACGGAGAGAUUACGAAUAUAUUCUGUUUUGAGAAACCACAAGAACAACAAAUGCCUCCUCGUCCGUCCACUCCUGUGAGUAUACUGUCAGCAACUUCAGUCACGUCAGCUGUAGCCAAUAAAGCAGAUAUUCGGUUUGAGGUAUUUCAAAAGAUUGAAGACAAUACUACAAGUAUAGAAACAACUGUGCUAUGUGCUAAAGCUGCCUAUGUCAACUUGGACCUUCAAAGUUUAUUGAUUCUUGCAAAUUUUGGGAUUUCAUUGAAAACAGUAAUCGAAGAGUUUGACAUUUUGAAGACAACUAUUGACAAUAUACAUAAUCAAGAAGCGAAAUUAACAAGUAGGUUACUGAAGAUGGAACAUGAGGAUAAGAAGGUGACAUCCAAAGAUCAAUUUAUUGUGCAAACAGCAUCUGUAUUUGUUGAUGUCUUGGUGGCUGAUGAUUUAAAGUUGCAGAGUAUAAUCUUCCCAAUCAAGUAUAAUUCACUUCAAGAUCAAUUAAGUAUAUCCAAGAUUCUUUUCAAUAGUAUACGAGGGGGGGUGUUUGAUGAAGGCGUUGUUACGAUUAAUGAUAUUGCAUUAUAUACCAAAAAUCGAGAUUUUAAAGGAUAUUUACAUUCCGCUCAUAUUUCAGCAAAUUCAAACACGUUACCAAGAGCAACUACCAUGAGUUCUAAUAUAAAUCUAAUUAUCCAAAAGAUUAUCUGUAAUAUCCCGUUAAAGAAUUUGAAAUUUAUCGGAGAGAGGAUAUCUCUGUUAGUUUCCAAAUUUGGUGAAUUAUCAUCAGCCCAAUCUAAUUCGUUGGAGAAUUCUUUUCUUGAUGAAAGGCGUUCCAAAUAUUCCAAAUUAUCCAAUUCAAUAUCCAUGGCUGCAUCAAUGUAUACUUCUAGAAAACAGGUACGGCGUAUUGGACCCGGGUUUGGGACUGGCGCGGGGAGCUUCUUGAAUACUAGCCGGUUUAAUUUGGCAAAAUUUAAUUUUACUAUAAAGGAAAUAGAAAUAAGAAUAGCCCUGGUGCUACAGAAGUUUGGUGAUAUACAUAUCGUGUUGAAUGAUCUUUCAUUAUAUCAACUAAAACAAGACAUUCAUGGGGCUAUUUUAUCCCUCAAAGUAACAAGAAGAUCAGAUGACAAUAAAGUUGAGAAUUUCAUCUAUCAAUAUCAAGAUAAGCCAAUUACCGAAUUUGAAUUCCCUUUGAUAUUAUUGAGGUUUAAAUCAACAGAAAAGUCCGAUUCCCUUGAGAUUGUGGUACGAAAUUUACUUGUUGAAUAUUAUACUAAUUGGCUUCUGCUAUUAGAUGAUGAAGAAUCUAUUAUUGACACGGUUGAAGAAGAGAUUAUUGAGAAAGUUACACCAGAUUCUAAAUCCUCAGCACUGAAUAGAUUGGAUAUACGAUACACUUUGUAUGAUUGUAUGAUUGGCUUAACUCCUGGAAGAUUGAAUUGUAAGGCUUGUAUAUUUGUAAGCAAGGGGAAUGCUGAUUUUGCAGCUGGUAUCAAUCAGUUUUAUAUCAAAUGUUCAUUUAGGAAUUUAGCUGGAUUAUUAAUUGAUGAUGUCAAUAAUGUGAUUAAAACCGAGAAAGAGAAGGGAAAGUCCCGUAUUCAGACUUCGAAAUUACCAUUUGCGUAUACGUCACCGCUUGAUUAUUAUUUACAACAAGGAUAUAUUCAGUUCGGAACCGUGAAUUGUACUCAUGUAGGUAUAACUUUUAAUAUCGAUGUGGAGGAGAUCAAACAAAGAAAUGAAAAGUUGGGAAUUAGGGAGAAUUUAGCAUUGGUUGAUAUUAAAGUCAAUUCGGAUGAACAUCAGGUUAACUUAUGUGCAGAUUCGACCAAUGUUAUACUUCAAUUGAUUAAUGAUUUGAAAUUACCAAUUGAUUUUACAGAGAAGGAUAGAAUGAGAAUAAAAUUAGAUCAUAAAGUGAAUUUAUUGGAAGGUAUUGAAAUGAAUGAAUUUUCGGAACUAUUGGAAUCAUUUGCUCAGAUGGAUAUUAAUGACAACAAAAAGGGUUUACUGAAACCAAAUUCCAGUGAUAGUGAAUCGCAAGGUGGAUCGUCGCUAGUAUUUGAAGAAGAACAUUUCGAUAAAAACGAUGACAAGAGUUCAACAUACAAGGAUCAUCAUGUUGAUCCCGUUAAGAUUAAUAUCAACCUUUCAAAGACGAAGAUAUAUCUUCAUGAUGGAUAUGAUUGGAAGGAAACUCGAAAAGCAAUCAAAGGAGCUGUGAAGAGAUUCGAAGCCCAAGCUAAACACGAGGCAGUAGCUUGCAAGAAGUCAGCCAAGCAUGAGGCUAAAACUAAACCUGGUCCAAGUGUUAAGUUUGAUAUCAAGGAGGAGAAAAGUGCUGAGCCAGAAGAAGAAGAAUCCUUAUAUGAAGAAACCUUAUUUCAAUCAAUUCAUGUCCUUGCUCCUAAAAAGACAGCUAUGUCACAUUUAGCAGAAGAGAUUAAUAGUCGAAUUGAAUCUAAUUCAGAAGUGAGUCCAGAGGAAAAUAAGAAGAUCCAAGCAAAUAUUGCAUUAGGUAAAAACUACAAGAAUUUGAAAUUAAGAAGAUCGACCAACUAUAAAGUUCUUGUUGAUUUAAAGAAUGUGGAAGUUAAUGUUAAUGUGUUUUCAACUAGAGAUCCUAGAGUGGACGACACUGAUCCCACUAUGGAAUAUGAAACCAUGAGUGCAAUUGAUGCCCGUUUAGGGACUGUGACCAUAUAUGAUAAUGUACCUUCAUCUACUUGGAAUAAAAUCUUAAGUUAUAUGAAUAGUUUGGGAGAAAGGGAGAUAGGAACAAGUAUGGUUCGUUUAUCUAUUGUGAAUGUUCGUCCGGAUCCAAAGAUAGUUGCUAGCGACGCAGUGAUUAGUGUGUCGCUUUUACCUUUGCGGUUACAUGUUGAUCAAGAUACGUUAGACUUCUUAACUAGAUUCUUCGAAUUUCAAGAUGAAAGAUUCUCGUUGCCAAUGGAUGAAAUUGCAUAUAUCCAAAAAUUAUCUAUUGGUUCUAUUAAGGUGAAGCUUGAUUACAAACCGAAGAAGAUUGAUUAUGUUGGUUUACGUUCUGGGAAAGCUGCCGAAUUUGCGAAUUUCUUUAUUUUAGACGGUUCAUCCUUAACUCUUCCCAGUACAAAAUUAUAUGGUGUUUUAGGAAUGGAUAAGAUAGGAAUCGGUUUAGGAAAAGCCUAUGCACCUGUUUUCCAGCUGGCAAAAGUGAUUGGAAUAAUUUCGGGUGUUGCUCCAUUACGUUCUGUCUUUAAUAUUGGUGGUGGAUUUAAAGAUUUGAUUGCAAUACCUAUAGCAGAAUAUAAAAAGGAUGGUAGGUUGCUAAGAAGUCUUCAAAAGGGAACAUCAUCAUUUGCCAAAACUACAGGUUAUGAAUUAUUGAAUCUCGGUGUCAAGUUAGCUUCAGGAACUCAAGUUUUAUUGGAACAAGGUGAAGAAUUAUUAGGAGGGGAAGGGUCAUCAGCAAGAAUAUCGAAUAGAAGCAAGAAAAGAAAUAAAAGACAGGAAUCAGAAGAGCCAGAGUUUGAACAAGUAACUGAUAAGGAUGCAUUCAAAGGGCAUAAAAGCUUAUUAAUUAGUUCUGAGAUUUUGAGUAGAGCCAGUAAAAGCAAAAUGGGCAAAGAUCAAUAUGAUGGACGAAAAUUAUAUUCUUAUCUUGACUUGGACGAAGAAGAAGAAGAUAGCGAAUUUGAUAAGGAAUUAUUGAAUAAAUCAAUUUUUUUGUUGGCACCUUCUGAACAUCACGACAAAGGCAAGCACAAGAAGCGAGGUAAUGCUAUUGAUGAAGAAUAUGUUGACGAAGACUUUGAAGAUUUGGAUCAAGAUGAGGAUGAGGAUGAAGAAGAAUAUGAUAUCUAUGCAUAUGACAAUGAGGAUGAACUUCAAGAAAAGUUGGUUAGUUUAUAUUCAAACCAACCAGAAAAUAUUAAGCAGGGACUUAAAUCAGCAUAUAAAUCUAUUGGUAGGAAUUUGAAAUUGACAGGGAAGCAAUUGGUUAACCUCAAGAAUGAAUUGAAUGAAUCAGAAUCCUUCCAAGAAUCAAUGGCAACUGUCCUUCGGAAUUCACCGAUCAUUCUUAUCAGACCUAUGAUUGGUACAACUGAGGCGUUAUCCAAGACUUUAAUGGGGUUGAGUAAUAAAGUGGAUUCCAGGCAUAUGAUUGAGAAGAGGGAUAAAUAUAGAAGUGAACAAGAUAAGGACGAUUUUAAUUAUAAUUAA